GACUCGCGCACGCGCGCCGGACGCGUCUCUGAGACUCGCGUGCGUGCGUGUGUGUGUGUGCGCGUGUGUGCGUGUGUGUGUGUGUGUGUGCGCGCGCGCGCGCGUGUGAGAGCGGGGAGAGGGAGAAGCGCGCGAGGGUGAGUGUGUGAGUGCAUGGGAGGGUGCUGAGUGUGCCGAGGCGCUGGGACCACAGCGGCAGCCUGCUGGAAGCUGCAUCCAGCCAGUCUCCGGACUUCGCGAGCGGGGACCGGGCGCAGGGCGGCAGCCACCCGCAGGACCUUGGAAAUAGGGAUUCCUCUGCCACCACGUCGGGUUUCUAGCAGCUCGGUGCUACAUUGCUGUCUCAAAAUGCAGAGGAUCUAAUUUGCCAAGGAGAACGGCCAAAGAAGGAAGAGGAGGAAAAGGGGGGAAAAAAAGGGUAUUUUGUGGAUGCUCUACUUUUCUUGGAAAUGCAAAAGAUUAUGCAUAUAUCUGUCCUCCUUUCUCCUGUUUUGUGGGGACUGAUUUUUGGUGUCUCUUCUAACAGCAUACAGAUAGGGGGGCUGUUUCCCAGGGGCGCCGAUCAGGAAUACAGUGCAUUUCGGGUAGGGAUGGUUCAGUUCUCCACUUCGGAGUUCAGACUGACACCCCACAUCGACAAUUUGGAGGUAGCCAACAGCUUCGCAGUCACCAAUGCUUUCUGCUCCCAGUUUUCAAGAGGAGUAUAUGCAAUUUUUGGAUUUUAUGACAAGAAGUCUGUAAACACCAUCACGUCAUUCUGCGGGACGCUCCAUGUAUCCUUCAUCACUCCCAGCUUCCCGACAGAUGGUACCCACCCAUUUGUCAUUCAGAUGCGACCAGACCUCAAAGGAGCACUUCUCAGCUUGAUUGAGUACUACCAAUGGGACAAGUUUGCGUACCUCUAUGACAGUGACAGAGGCUUGUCCACCCUGCAGGCGGUGCUGGAUUCCGCUGCCGAAAAGAAGUGGCAAGUGACUGCUAUCAACGUGGGGAACAUCAACAAUGACAAGAAAGAUGAGACCUACCGCUCGCUCUUCCAGGAUCUGGAGCUAAAGAAGGAACGGCGGGUCAUCCUGGACUGUGAGCGGGACAAAGUCAACGACAUCGUGGACCAGGUUAUUACCAUUGGAAAACACGUUAAAGGGUACCAUUACAUCAUUGCAAAUCUGGGAUUUACCGAUGGAGACCUAUUAAAAAUUCAGUUUGGAGGUGCAAACGUCUCUGGAUUUCAGAUAGUAGACUAUGAUGACUCCAUGGUAUCUAAGUUUAUAGAGAGAUGGUCAACACUGGAAGAAAAAGAAUACCCUGGAGCACACACGACUACAAUUAAGUAUACUUCUGCUCUGACCUAUGACGCCGUUCAAGUGAUGACCGAAGCUUUUCGAAACCUGCGGAAGCAGAGAAUUGAAAUCUCCCGAAGGGGGAAUGCAGGAGACUGUUUGGCAAACCCAGCUGUGCCCUGGGGACAAGGGGUAGAAAUAGAAAGGGCCCUCAAACAGGUGCAGGUUGAAGGUCUCUCAGGAAAUAUCAAGUUUGACCAGAAUGGAAAAAGAAUAAAUUAUACAAUUAACAUCAUGGAGCUCAAAACGAAUGGGCCACGGAAGAUCGGGUACUGGAGCGAAGUCGACAAAAUGGUUGUUACUCUCACCGAACUCCCUUCUGGAAACGAUACUUCUGGGCUUGAGAAUAAGACUGUGGUCGUCACUACGAUUUUGGAAUCUCCAUAUGUUAUGAUGAAGAAAAAUCAUGAAAUGCUUGAAGGCAAUGAGCGCUACGAGGGCUACUGUGUUGACUUGGCUGCAGAAAUAGCCAAGCAUUGUGGGUUCAAGUACAAGUUGACCAUUGUUGGGGAUGGCAAGUAUGGGGCCAGGGAUGCAGACACGAAAAUUUGGAAUGGGAUGGUUGGAGAACUUGUAUAUGGGAAAGCUGAUAUUGCAAUUGCUCCAUUAACCAUCACCCUUGUGAGAGAGGAGGUGAUCGAUUUCUCAAAGCCCUUUAUGAGCCUCGGGAUAUCAAUCAUGAUCAAGAAGCCUCAGAAGUCCAAACCAGGAGUGUUUUCAUUUCUUGAUCCGUUAGCCUAUGAGAUCUGGAUGUGCAUUGUUUUUGCCUACAUAGGGGUCAGUGUAGUUUUAUUCCUGGUCAGCAGAUUUAGCCCCUACGAGUGGCACACUGAGGAGUUUGAAGAUGGAAGAGAAACACAAAGUAGUGAAUCAACUAAUGAAUUUGGGAUUUUUAAUAGUCUCUGGUUUUCCUUGGGUGCCUUUAUGCAGCAAGGAUGCGAUAUUUCGCCAAGAUCCCUGUCCGGGCGCAUUGUUGGAGGAGUUUGGUGGUUCUUUACCCUGAUCAUAAUCUCCUCCUACACGGCUAACUUAGCUGCCUUCCUGACCGUGGAGAGGAUGGUAUCUCCCAUUGAAAGUGCGGAGGAUCUCUCUAAGCAGACAGAAAUUGCUUAUGGAACGUUAGACUCUGGCUCCACUAAGGAAUUUUUCAGGAGAUCUAAAAUUGCAGUGUUUGAUAAAAUGUGGACCUACAUGAGAAGUGCAGAGCCCUCAGUGUUCGUGAGGACUACAGCCGAAGGAGUGGCAAGAGUGCGCAAGUCCAAAGGGAAAUACGCCUACUUGCUGGAGUCCACCAUGAACGAGUACAUUGAGCAGAGGAAGCCUUGUGACACCAUGAAAGUUGGUGGCAACCUGGAUUCCAAAGGCUAUGGCAUCGCCACACCUAAAGGAUCCUCAUUAAGAAAUGCGGUUAACCUCGCAGUACUAAAACUGAAUGAACAAGGCCUGUUGGACAAAUUGAAAAACAAAUGGUGGUACGACAAAGGAGAGUGCGGCAGCGGGGGAGGUGAUUCCAAGGAAAAGACCAGUGCCCUCAGUCUGAGCAACGUUGCUGGAGUGUUCUACAUCCUUGUCGGGGGCCUUGGCUUGGCCAUGCUGGUGGCUUUGAUUGAGUUCUGUUACAAGUCAAGGGCCGAGGCGAAGCGAAUGAAGGUGGCAAAGAAUGCACAGAAUAUUAACCCAUCUUCCUCGCAGAAUUCACAGAAUUUUGCAACUUAUAAGGAAGGUUACAACGUAUAUGGCAUCGAAAGUGUUAAGAUUUAGGGGAUGACCUUGAAUGAUGCCAUGAGGAGAGAGGAGAGGCUGUCAGUUACAGGAAGUACUGGAGAAAAUGGACGUGUUAUGACUCCAGAAUUUCCAAAAGCAGUGCAUGCUGUCCCUUACGUGAGUCCUGGCAUGAGAAUGAAUGUCAGUGUGACUGAUAUCUCGUGAUUGAUAAGAACCUUUUGAGUGCCUUACACAAUGGUUUUCUUGUGUGUUUAUUGACAAAGUGGUGAGAGGCAUCCAGUAUCUUGAAGACUUUUCUUUCAGCCAAGAAUUCUUAAAUAUGUGGAAUUCAUCUUGAGUUGUGAGGAACGGUCACCUAAAGACACAACAUCCUUUUCUACUCCAGUUCCAGACGAAGCUUGGCGGACAUGCACAGCUACCAUGGAAGUACUCUAAUUUCACUGACGUCUUUGUACAGACAACAGACCCGUUUCUGCAGCCACUAUUGUUAGUCUCUUGAUUCAUAAUGACUUAAGCACACUUGACAUCAACUGCAUCAAGAUGUGACAUGUUUUAUAAGAAAAAGAAAAAAAGACAUUUAAACUUAAAAAAAUAUUUUUAGGUAUUUUCACAAACAAACUGGCUUUUCAAUAAAUUUGCUUCCAUAUUGGUUGAAUAAGACAACAACGAUUAAACUGAGUGGGACGUAAUUAGAAAGGCUUUGGGUAUCAGUUACGUAUUUUUCAAAGCCAAAUAUGUACAUGCUAAGGAAAGAAAAACAAAGAGAAGAUUCAAAUCUUGUAGUAAUUUAAUAUUGUUAUUAAAACUUUAAUGUAUCCUAUUCUUUAACAUUUGGUGUUAAUGUAAAAUUACUUGGCAGUGCUUGACAUUUGAAAUAAACACUUUUCUAUUGUUUUAUUUGCAAGUGGUCCAAUUAAUUUUGCUUAGCUACAGUUUGGUCAUCAAUGGAGUUCAAAGACACUACUAAAUUGUUAGGUUCCCAGAGAAAUUUGCCCCCUUUUAAAGAAGGCCGGGUGGUCCUUAAAGUAUAAACCUGUCCCCAGAUAAAAUCUGAACCUGUUUUUAAGUAUGUCUUAUCGUAUGUAAAGAAAUAUUUAGCAUAAAGCAUUUAAUCUCUGUAGGUAAAUGCUAAUAGAUUUUAAAAACUAAUAUUAAAAACAAAUAUCAGAGUAUGUGAGGUUCUGUUUUAAAGUGUUUGAGCUGACAGAGAGAAGUAUUAGUUGUAGAUGAAGUUAGAGAUGCCCUGAAAGUAGAUAGGUGCCCAUUGAUCAAAUUCCGUAAACUAAACCUGAGUUUUGGCUUUUAAAGGUGUAAGAGCUGUCAUAAAUCUUACAUAUUAUGAAAAGUUUAAGCACUUUUGAGUCAGCUGCGAUAUAGUUUCUUCCCAUUACCAUCAAUAUAAACAACCCUAAUAUAUAUAUUUUUAUACUUAUUCCUCAGGUGGAAUGGCUAUUUUAAAAUGCCCAGUGUGGAUAAAACACACUUCUGUGGCUUUUGACUAAAGAACUUAUAUUUCUCUAGUUAAGAAAUUUAAAGGAGCUAUCUUUCCCUUCAUAAAAGACCAUUUAUUUCCACUGAAGCUCUCUAAAAUAAAAUUAAUUUAAGGUUUUAAGUGAUCACUAACGUUCAACUAAUGCUUGCUAUUUCUGCAAGUACGCCUUUGUGUAGCACUUGGUGUUUUACUCAGUGCCUGGAAAACAUUCUUAUUUAUUAUCUAUCACAGAAGGGAAAGAGAAAUGUAGGGUCUAAUAGCAACCACUCGCAUGGACCAUGGUGCCAUGAGGUAUCAUGACGUUCUUGCCUAAAUUUAGCUGUCCCUAAUCACAAAUUCCAAGAUCAUACAAUACAAUUUUAGUGCAUUUCUCCUCAUCAGGAAUGUUGGAGGUGCAUUUUAAGUUUAAAUCAAUCAUCAAUGCUAGAAUGACCAAAUUGCAGACUAACUGUUUUCCACAUUAUACUUCAAAUGAGUUUUUAAAAAUGAAACAGAUGACUAUAAACCACCAAUGCUCUUUAUUUAUUGUACCUCUGGGCCUACUCUUCUAAAAAUUGUAGCUUAUCAAUUUUUCUCUGUCAAGCUUGAACUCAUGUAAAUACUUGAAAUAAUGUAAAGUUAUAUUUUCAUGUUUUUAUAGAUACAACAUGACAAGAAUACAUAAUGUAAGAGUAUUUCAACUAUGGAUAAUGUUGACUGGAUAAUGCACAUCUCAGUUACAAGCAGUAAUCAUAGUAUAAUAUCCAUGUAACGGUGCAUCAGUGUAUUGCUAUAUAAACAUGUCUGUGUGCAUCUAAGUGAAAAGUGGUCAGACAGAGUGAUGACAGCUCUCUAAAGGUUUUUUUAAUUCAUUUUAUAUAAAAACUGUUAUGGAAAGACCAAAAUGUUUAUGAACUAUUCUUAUGUAAAUUUACAACUGUCCUUUACUGUACUUUUUUGUUUACAGUAUAUGGUACCUUAUUUUCUGCUGUGUUAAGUGGGUGUCAGACUCCGAGGAGACAUACACUUUCUACAACUUCUAUUGAAGAUAUUGGAACUUCCAGUUUUUCAUGUGUACUGUGUCAGAAAAUGCUUUUGAUUUUAUUUUUAAAUCUAACAUCAGAUGGCUUUUUCGGAGUGUUGUAAAAACUUCAAUCAUAUAUAAAACAUGUUCUUACAAAAGGCCAUGAUCUUUAUUUAUUUUUACUUGAUAGUUCUUAAAACUACUAAUAAUGAGAAACCAAAAAAAGGUACUUGAAUGUAUUCCCAAACAAACCCGGGUGUUUCUACUCAACAAGGACAUCCUUUGCUCAGUUUAUACAUCAGCUCGGUACAAAUAUAAGAAAGGAAAAAUAACUUUUUUUUAAGCUGAAGUGAUUAACAUUUUCAACAUUCCAAGCUUACAGUCAUUAAGUGCUUUGGGCAUAUGUAGAAAUAUCACUAUUAAUUAAUUUUAGUUCUCCUUUGGCACUGUAUGUUGUCAGCUCAGCUGCUGUCAUAACGGUAUUAAAGAGCAGAAAGGUGACUUGCUUUAAAAAUUCCACAAGGUAACACAUUUCCCAGCUUACAUGUUUCAACAAAGUUUUCACUUCCUGCUAUACUGAGAGAGAGUAUUGAUGAGAAACGAAAACUCUUGCAGUUUUGAUUCUCUUUUUACAAAGGUGAUCAUCUUAAUAUUUAGGUAUAUUCUAAAAUUAAAGCAUUUUAGUUCUUCACAAUUGCACAUUAAAAUUUCUUGUAUAGAGUUUUGCGGUUUGAAUAAUUUAAUGUUUAAAAGUAGAGUAUACCAAUGCAUCUGCUUAAAAAUACAGUAAUCUUGUUAUUCUGCCAUCCUGAGUUUGCAAAUUCUAUAAAUAUUUUGGUGCUCGUGGUGGUAGAUUGCGCAAAUGAAGGGAAGCAUUAGCAGUAUAAUAACCCUACAGGAAGAUUUUAAUACAACACCUUGACAACACCAUUGAAGAAAACACUUACUGAAACGAAUUAGAAAACAAUACAAUGUGGCUUCUUCCCAUUUUUCUAUUUCCUAUCUCAUCAUAUCCUAGCCUUAUCAGCCCAGUAAAUUUAAACAAAACUCAAGUAUCACUUCUACCUUAAAAUGUAUGUGUGGGUCUUUAAACCUGUUUUAGGCUGGAUAAGAGUUUAUUUAUUGCACUUUGAGAGCCUGCUGGUCUGUCGUGUAAAAUCCUCAUGUAAUUCAGGCAAAUAUUCCAUUUUCUUCUAAUUCAAAUGAUAUAGGUAGGUGUAUGGAUUGAAUUAGUUGCAUACAUUCUAUAUUGCCAACUUUACCUGAUGAUGUAAGGUUUAUUAGUAAUAUAUUAUGAACUUGGGAGAGUUUAUUGGUUAAGUUCCACAAAUUUUAUAUGAACUCU